AUGGUCAAUUUAUCCAGCAACGCAACUACUACUACGACUCCUACUGCUGGUGAGAAUUACUCUGCACAAGAGGGUGCUUUUGAAGGUCCUGAAAAGCUCUUGGAAAUCUGGUUUUCGCCUUCGCCGGAUAGAUUAAAGGAUCACCAAAAUUUGUCCUCUGACGAAUCGGAAGACGAUGUCAACUGCGUUCGCAAUCAGAGAAGAAGAAGCCAUGCUCCUGUAGAAGGAAAGACCGGUCUGCGUGUCAUUCCAAGACCCGUGCUCGAUAAAAUGCUGGCGUUGGUGAAAUGUACUGUUCUGAAUGUGAUUUCCAACAAGGAUGUGGAUGCUUAUUUAUUGAGUGAAUCAUCCAUGUUUGUGUACCCUCACAAAAUGAUCUUGAAAACAUGUGGUACUACCACUCUGCUUUUGGCAGUAUCUAGACUCUUGGAAAUCGCCAAGAAUUACUGUGGUUUCGAAAAGGUGUGGAGAGUGUUCUAUUCUAGAAAGGCUUUCAUGUUUCCUGAACGUCAAAUUGGUCCCCAUCGCUCAUGGGAUGACGAAGUCAAGUUUUUGGAUAAAUACUUUGACGCCGGGUCUUCUUAUAUUGUUGGCAAGGAGCGUCAAGAUCAAUGGCAUCUCUACAUGACCAAACCUUCUGAUGAUGUCUUGCACCACCCCUCAUCUCGUCCUAUUCUACCUCAUUUGCGCGGUGUAAUGCAGGAACAUGAGAUUGCAAGCGGCGCUUCCACUCCCGUCACUUCAGACAGUGAAGAUCCUUCUCCUUUUGGUAACGCAGGUCAUUUUCAUCCAGACCAAACGAUUGAGAUCCACAUGACAGGACUCAAUCAGGAAAAGAUGAAAAAGUUCUACCAUGAUGUCUCUCAGACAGAAAGCGGUAUACCCGGGGGUAAGUGGGUCGAUCAGCAAACCGGUAUCGAUAAACUGUAUCCAAUGGCCACGCUGGACAGUUACUUGUUUGAGCCUUGCGGUUACUCUAGCAACGCUAUCUGGGAUGAUAUGUACUUUAAUUUCCAUGUCACUCCCGAGGAGGAAUGCUCGUACGCUUCAUUUGAGACGAAUAUACCUGUCGAGAAGUCUCAUGCCAACUCGGGUGAGCAGAGUCCAGUGGAAGCAUUGAUUACGCAGGUGUUGGAUGUGUUUGAUCCCUCUCAGUUCACUGUAACCUACUUUACAUCUCACCACAAGGAGCAUCAUAGCCACAGUCAUAUGGUCCGAUCCAUGAGCGCACUGCAUGGCUACAAGCGCACGAACCGCAUCUUGUAUGAAUUCGAGGGCUACGAUUUGGUCUAUGGCCAUUAUGCGAAAUAA